AUGGAUAUCGAGGCGCUCAUCAAAGACCCCCCUUUCAAGCUUACCGAAGCAGAUAUCCGGGCCCUGCGAGGUCAGUGUGAGGCGUUUCGAUCUCAUACAUGGGACGAAGUCCAGAACGUGAUCGCCGCUGGCGAGAUGGGACAGCUCAACAGAGCACCCCAGGACCUGCGGAACUACAUUCUGUGGCUCGCCGAGGUCGGAAAAUCCCACGGAUCUGUCUUGGAGUUUGUGCGCCGUGAGAAGUUGCGCUGGCAGAACCCCAUUGCCGCCCGAGACGAUGUGCCCUUCGCGGACCCACACGACUGGAAGAUUCUCUGGAACGACUGGCCGUACGCUUUUGAUGAUGGCAUCAUGCACUUGGUCAUGUGGUCGAAGAGCAAGAUAGCGGUGGACCCGGACACGGGGCUGCCGACAGAGGAGUCGGCCAGAUUGAUCGAGGCCUUUCUGGACCGCACGUUUGGAGGGGGUCUGGGCUGCACAAGGUGCGAGAAUCUACUAUGGUUCAAGCAGAAGGCAGCGUGGCAAAGUGUCAAGGCUUUAGAUCAUAUCCACGUCUUGUUACGGGGUGUACAAGAAGAUCAGGUCGAGAGACUGAUCGGCCAGCACCGAUCCCAGACGCUUCAAGUUCUGGCGAGAAAAGGCAUGUUGAAGACUGAGAUUGGAUUGCGGAUUUCGUCAAAGAUGAGCUGA